CCAAGCACAGGCGACCCUCAUGUACACUUCCAUCCAGAGCACACCUUCCUCACCCUGCGACCUCGGGCGCGUUAAAUCUUCGCAAUGUCUUUCCACUCCACUCAAUCCGACGUGGCGGGAAACGUUGAGGACAUCUCCGCCCACGAGGGGGAUGUUUCGUCUCAGUCUUCUGUAUCGUCCCAAUCCGAAGCUUCGUUUGAUCCGAUGGAAGAUUUCGAGGGUAUCUCGUACUCGCAAGAGGCCACUACUCGUGCUUUCCGAGACUACUACGCCUUUCUCGCCAAGAUGUACGUGGACGAGUCUUGUAUCGCCGAACCACCCCCUGAUGGCUGGCCUUCGAUCACGAGCGAGAGGUACCGUGGUAUGGGCAAGACUGAUACCGUCGUCGAGCUACUGCGUCACCUGCCCUAUCUAGUCGAGAAAACCCCAGGAUUGCGCGACAUCGAGGCUAUUUCUUAUUGUCAUUUCUACAACUUUGAACGCGGUGCCCCUAGGUCAGAUGAUGAAGGAGAUAUAGCCAAGGUAUUGACCGAAACUCACGAGUGGGAAGAUUUCUUCCCUCCGCACGUUUUCGGGUUUUGCUCGGGAGAGAACGACCCUGACGUAUUGCUACUCGAUACCCAGUUAGGCCUUGUGUACUGGCUAGAGGCUCCGGGCUAUAUCAAGUUCAACGACGGUUCGAACCCGUCUUUCAUCUCACCUAUCUUCAACAACCCCUCCGAAUGGGCCCCCGCGAGCGAACAAGAAUGGCGCGAAGAGCCCUGCUGGUCUAUCCCUGAUUUCUUCGAGAUGCUGAAACAACAGUUCAUCCAGCUACAAUUUAUCCCCCUCAACCCACAAGAAAUUGUCGAACCCAAGUUUUCUCAUAGAGUAGAAGAAAUCUACAGGCAGUUUGGCUGGCCAGACCUGGAGAAGUAUCGCAAGGAGGAAUGCCAAGCGGCUGUUCGAGCUUUUCUCGUUGCGCGAGAGGAGACUGAACAAGCAGAACGAUUGAGUAAGAACAUUUAGGCUUUGGGAUGAAGCCCCUGUUUGUAUGGGAUGAGAUACUUGCCGCUAAAUUGAGUACUAGUAGGUAUGAAAUAAACCGCCGGCUUGUUCAACCCGUCCCCUUCCAUCUCUCCAACCAGUCAUUAUCACCAUAUCGAUGUUCAGAGACCUGCCAAUUGAUGUCACCUUACCAGCACACGUGUCCCCAAACGGGGAUCUGUUGAAUUCCGCAUUAUCUGGGACCAGAUAGAGAAAGUUAUUAUAAGUGGCCUUGACAAUUUCCCAUCAUUGGGCAUGCGGAACUAUACCACUACUCCAAGGCCACUUAAGGUACCCUAGGUCAAAGUCCA